GCCCACAGGACGUUCGGUCCCGCCCCCAGCUGGCGCCCGCGGCCGCCCGCGCGCCAAGUCCUUCAGCCCUUGGCUGCUGCCCAGUGUUUAGGGUGUUGGCGGAGACAAAGGGGAAGAGUCAUCGCCUGUCGGGGCUAGGAUAUGAUGGGUGAGAGGUGUCAAACCAAAUUCUUUCGGUUUGGAAACGGAGAAAAUCUAAAAACGAGGAUGUGAGGAAAGAGUCUGCUCUCAAGGCGCGUUGUGGUCUAUCCGAGCCCCGUCCCCUGGGCUCCCUCGGGCUGGGGUGAGGCGGGCAGCUACGCGUGGGGUAGGACCAUCUUACGCUGGGACCCCGCCAAGGAGCCCCAGGAAGUAGGUGAAAGGGCAGGGGCGUGGCUCUCGGGGCGCCACCCACGCUCUUGAAAUCUGGGUGACUGCGAGCGGCCGCUCAGCCUUCCCCACACCACAGACCCGCGCCGCCGACGACCCAGCCGCCGCCAUGGCUCUGCUCCGAGGUGUGUUUGUAGUUGCUGCUAAGCGAACGCCAUUUGGAGCUUACGGAGGCCUUCUGAAAGACUUCACUGCUACUGACUUGUCUGAAUUUGCUGCCAAGGCUGCCUUGUCUGCUGGCAAAGUCUCACCUGAAACGGUUGACAGUGUGAUUAUGGGCAAUGUCCUGCAGAGUUCUGCAGAUGCUAUAUAUUUGGCAAGGCAUGUUGGUUUGCGUGUGGGAAUCCCAAAGGAGACCCCAGCUCUCACGAUUAAUAGGCUCUGUGGUUCUGGUUUUCAGUCCAUUGUGAAUGGAUGUCAGGAAAUUUGUGUUAAAGAAGCUGAAGUUGUUUUAUGUGGAGGAACCGAAAGCAUGAGCCAAGCUCCCUACUAUGUCAGAAAUGUGCGUUUUGGAACCAAGCUUGGAUCAGAUAUCAAGCUGGAAGAUUCUUUAUGGGUAUCAUUAACAGAUCAGCAUGUCCAGCUCACCAUGGCAAUGACUGCAGAGAAUCUUGCUGUAAAACACAAAAUAAGCAGAGAAGAAUGUGACAAAUAUGCCCUGCAGUCACAGCAGAGAUGGAAAGCUGCUAAUGAUGCUGGCUACUUUAAUGAUGAAAUGGCACCAAUUGAAGUGAAGACAAAGAAAGGAAAACAGACAAUGCAGGUAGACGAGCAUGCUCGGCCCCAAACCACCCUGGAACAGUUACAGAAACUUCCUCCAGUAUUCAAGAAAGAUGGAACUGUUACUGCAGGGAAUGCAUCGGGUGUAGCUGAUGGUGCUGGAGCUGUUAUCAUAGCUAGUGAAGAUGCUGUUAAGAAACAUAACUUCACACCACUGGCAAGAAUUGUGGGCUACUUUGUAUCUGGAUGUGAUCCCUCUAUCAUGGGUAUUGGUCCUGUCCCUGCUAUCAGUGGGGCACUGAAGAAAGCAGGACUGAGUCUUAAGGACAUGGAUUUGGUAGAGGUGAAUGAAGCUUUUGCUCCCCAGUACUUAGCUGUUGAGAGGAGUUUGGAUCUUGACAUAAGUAAAACCAAUGUGAAUGGAGGAGCCAUUGCUUUGGGUCACCCACUGGGAGGAUCUGGAUCAAGAAUUACUGCACACCUGGUUCACGAAUUAAGGCGUCGGGGUGGAAAAUAUGCCAUUGGAUCAGCUUGCAUUGGAGGUGGCCAAGGUAUUGCUGUCAUCAUUCAGAGCACAGCCUGAAGAGACCAGUGAGCUCACUGUGACCCACCCUUACUCUACUUGGCCAGGCCACAGUAAAACAAGUGACCUUCAGAGCAGCUGCCACAACUGGCCAUGCCCUGCCAUUGAAACAGUGAUUAAGUUUGAUCAAGCCAUGGUGACACAAAAAUGCAUUGAUCAUGAAUAGGAGCCCAUGCUAGAAGUACAUUCUCUCAGAUUUGAACCGGUGAAAUAUGAUGUAUUUCUGAGCUAAAACUCAACUAUAGAAGACAUUAAAAGAAAUCGUAUUCUUGCCAAGUAACCACCACUUCUGCCUUAGAUAAUAUGACUAAGGAAAUCAAAUAAAUGUUGCCUUAACUUCA